CAUUAACACAUUUGCAUUUAAAGAAAAAAAUAUGAUGUAGUUUCUAUGGUUCUUUACUUUAGCUUAGAUCCAACAACAAUUCACCACACUUCCUAUGGUAGCAACGAUAAUUGAACGCACAUUCACGCGCACACAUAACAGUAUUCAGAUGUGAAGUCCAGCAUGGCCCACAUGUGUAUAUUUUGAAUGGAUAUCUUAUGUUGUUUAUCCCAGUUUCUGUGCCGAGUUUCCGUCGCGAUCCAACAGUUUUAGAAUUACCCUCAGCGGGUGAAUACACAGUGUGAAUCGGUUGGCGCAUUGACGGAAAGCCGACGCAGCAUUUUUUGACUGAAGUAUUUUUCUUACUCUUUGCUUUGUUUUAAAAUAUUCUUAACAAAAUUAUAAAAAAAUCGAAAUGCACGCAAGACGUUGGAAUAUAAAGAAGUUAAUUAUUUGCGGUGGCGCCUUUUUGAUUGUAUACAUUUUACUAACGAGCGGCACUCGAGAAUAUGAAAUCGACGCAACGAUCGAGAGCAGCAAGCCGGAGCAGGUGUGGGAAUACGUGGCGGAUUUUAAUAAAAUGCGUACAUUAAAUCCAACAAUUUUAAAUUUUAAAAUUAUCGCCGACGCUGGACACACACACGAUUGGCGUUAUACAGUUGAAUAUACGGAGCGUUUAUCGCACUGGCCCUAUUGGUUGAAUGGAGCGAAAGCAGAUUACGUUGUAACUAAGACUAUGCCAGGAGUAGAGCCGGCUGUAUAUGUGAUUGAAUCGAAACAUAAAACAUGCUUUUUCAAAGGCACAUAUUGUUUACAUUCAUUCAGCGUGUUCAAAUGCACCGCCGCUGGCGAGGACACCUAUUGCAGUGAGCGUGUACAAUAUCAAUGUCCUCCAUUUCUAGAAAAUGCCUGUCGUCGUGAAGUGGAAUUCCAACGCCGAGCAGUCAUGCAUAAUUUGACUACGAUUUUUAGUAAAAGACAACAACAUUCUUACUAACAAAUUUCAAUUCAUUUAUGUACUUCAUUUAUUUCAAUCACUUUUAGUUAUUUUUUGGCAAAUUAAACAUCUAAAUUAAACAUUUGUUUUCAGUUUACAUUCGCGUGUAAACACAUAUGUUUGCAAUAAUAUAUGUAUAUAUAUUGUAGUAUAUUAUUUAACACUAAAACAAAACUAAUAUAAAGUACGGAUUUUUCU